AUGGCUGAGCAACGCAGAGGUCCCGGAAGGCCCAGAACUAGGAAUGUGGAGCCCGAACAAGCAGCUGGGAAUGCAGGCGUACCUUGGCAACAGAUAGUGCAACCGAUGCAGCAGCAGAAUCAGAUGAUGAUGCAGGUUAUGCAAGGACAACAACCUCCUGCUCCAGUUCUCGUUCCACAAGCUCCAACAGGGCCAGAUUUUCGUGCUUUCUUCAGAAUGGUCCUCCAGAGUUUGCAGGCAAUCCAGUGUAAUGAAGAAGAUAAAGUGAUCUUUGCUACGCAAAAGAUGAAAGGACCAACCCUUAGGUGGUGGAAUACCGCUUCUACCUAUUUCACUACCCAGGAGAUUCCUAAGGAUUGGCAUCAUUUCAAGGCGGCAUUUUUGGAGAAGUAUUUUCCUAACAGUGUUCGGACCCAGAGAGAAAGAGAGUUCCAGAACUUUAAGCAAGGCAACUUGUCUGUUUCUGAGUAUGCUGAGAAGUUUGAAGACAUGGCUGAUUACUCACGACAGGCUAGGGAGUUCACUACUUAUGUGGAAUGUUUGAGACAAUGCUAUGUUGCGGAGAAUAGUUUGAAGAGGGUUCAAGAGGAGAGGAACCAGAACAAAACUAAUUUCAGAGAGCAAGGAAGAUCGGGCCAGCACCUAAAGCCCCGUAAUCCUCCUCCAAAGAUGAAGCAGGGCCAUGGUGACCGGUCUCCUCGACCUCCCUUUUGUGAUAAGUGUAAGAGGAAGCAUACCGGAGACUGCAGAUUCGCCCCAGUUACUUGUUAUGAGUGUGGCGAGCAAGGCCACAUAUCUCCGCAUUGUCCUAAGAAGAAAGCUCAAGAGAAGAUGGCGGGACGUGUUUACACCUUAUAUGCAAGGAAGGCCAAAGGGAACAACAAUCUCAUUGCGGAUACGUGUUAUGUAAACAACCAACCUUUAUGUGUUUUAGUUGAUUGUGGAGCUACUCGUUCCUUUGUCUCCACCGAAUGUGUUUGUCGACUUGGUUUGGAAGUUACUCCAUUACCCUACCCUAUGGUCAUUUCUUCGGCGACAGAUGAUACGAUGGAAGCUCGACUGAUUUGUAAAGAUUGUUCAGUAUCUUUUAAUGGUCGUGAUUUUCCAAUUGAUUUAAUUUGUUUACCUCUCAAGAGACUUGACGUCAUUCUUGGAAUGGAUUGGUUAUCUCUUAAUUCGGUGUAUAUUGGUUGCAAAGAGAAGGCCAUAUUCAUUCCUGCUGAAGAGACUUCUUCCGAUUAUGCGAUUACCAGGUUGAUAGAACGUACGAUCAGCUCGGUCAAUUAUCUCUUUUCCCAUGAAAGAUCUUUUCUUUUAGUUCUUUCCAAGGAACCUUCUGUAAGAAUGAGAACUGAAGAACCAGAUCUAUCCUAUGACCCACAACCUUACGGUAUUUUGGAGCAUGCUAGCAAGACUCUAAGGAACAAAGAGAUACCUCUCGUAAAAGUGUUGUGGGACGAGACGCGUCCUGAGGAAGCUACGUGGGAGCUUGAGUCAGAGAUGCGGGAAUCAUACCCUCAUUUGUUCUGGUGA